AUGCACGGAGUGAAACGAACCCGCCUCACAUCACAAGCCGCCGCUGCCAAACGCGCAAAGGAGCAAGUCAAGGUGGACGCGUACCUUGCCCUACAGAAGGAGGUUCUCGAGCUCAAACAAGCCGGCGAUUACUCUGAAGGGGCUCUUGGAAAGACGAAUCAAUUACUUGAUCUGAAUCCAGAGUUCUAUACUAUCUGGAACUACCGCAGAGAUAUACUGCUAGCUCUCUUUCCUUCAUUAACGCCCGAAGAUAUCGUUAUGUACCUCGCCAAUGACCUUCGCCUCACGACGUCUUACCUACUCGUCCAUCCGAAAGUCUACUGGAUAUGGACCCACCGCAAAUGGUGCCUGCAAUCCGUACCAGAGGGGCCAGGAGAUAGCCACGAGUGGCGGAAGAAGUUUUGGGAUGGCGAGAUGAAGCUUGUGGAAAAGAUGUUGGACGCUGAUGCGCGGAACUUCCACGCCUGGAGUUACAGGAAAUACGUCUUGGAAUCCCUCCCUACCAAACGCCCCCUCUCCGCUGAGCUCAACUAUACCCAGUCUAAGAUUGAAUCCAACUUUUCCAACUUUUCUGCUUGGCACUAUCGAACCAAAACCUUGACCGCCAUGUGGGAAGGAACGAGUGCGACAGAGGAUGAGAUCAACAAGACAAAGGAUGAAGAGUUUGAGCUGGUGGCACAGGCGCUUUGGACGGACCCCGGGGAUCAAAGUGGGUGGCUGUAUCAUCGGUGGUUAGUAGGGCCGACACCACCUAAGGAGGUACUCAAGCGUGAACUGAAGAAUAUUCAAGACCUCUUUGAAGCCGAACCUGACUCUAAAUGGUGUAUAAAUGCCCUUGCCCACUACACUCUCCUUCUGGCGCAGCAACCAUCAACAUCGGACGAAGAGGCCAUAGGCAUCAGACAAGAGGCUGAGGCACUGUAUGAAAAGUUGAUUGACGUUGACUCGGAUCGAAAGGAAAGGUAUAGAGAUAUGGCUGCUUCUUGUGUUGAGGGAUGUUUAACAUAG